AUGUGCAGUGCUGAAGACCCAGCUUGGCUCCAACUGCUUCAGCAGGACUCCAGUGCCUCAGGACCCCAGCCCAUAGCCCUCUGCUGCCCACAGGAUGGGAGCCUGGGGGAUGGGGACCUGGCCAUGAAGGACUGCCAUCCUUCCCAGCAAAAGACCACCUCUGCACCCCCCAGGCAUACCCCUGACCAAAGCCCAGGCAUGGACUCUAGAUAUAGAAGUCCCAGUGGCACUGGUGAAGGGGCCUCCUGCUUUGAGGGUCCUGGCGGGGGCUUGGCCUGCCCCUCUGCAACCUGUAUCCCUCCCCAAGAGGCAGCCUCCAAGGAGACACUGGGGACACAUGGAGCUUUGAUCUUAGGGACAUUAGAAACCACCUUGUCUGGGAAGCCAGGGCCUGCAUCCUCAGUAAAAACUUCUCCUGUGUCCUCAGAAAUCAGAAAUUCUAUGUCCCUGGAAAAGAUGGAUUCUAAGUCCUCAACACAUGCAGAAUCUACUUCCCUUGGAAAGGAAGAUACAGGGUCCUCAAGGGAAGCAAAGCCUAUGUUUACAGGAAAGACAGAGCCUGCAAUCUUGGGAAAAGGGGACCCUGUGGCUCCUAGGAAGAUUGAUCCCAUGACUCCAAGAAAGGAAGAUCUUGAAUCUUUGGGAAAAAUAGAUCCUGUGUGCUCCAGCAGGGUGGACACAGUGUCCCCAAGAAUAGAGGAUCCUGUAUCCUCAGGCAAAGUGGCUUCUGUGUUCCCAAGAAAGGAGGAACCCAGGCAUUCUGGAAAAGAACAUCCUGUGUCCUCAGAAAAGAUGAGUCCUGCAUCUGCAGGAAAAGUAGAUCUUGUGUCCUUGGGAAAGAGAGAUCCUGAGCUUCCAGCGAAGGUAGAUCCUAUGUCCUUGGAAAGCACAGAUUCGGUAUCCACAGCAAAGGCAGAUUCUGGCCUCCUGGGAAAGCUAACUUCAGGGUCAUUGGGCUAUACUGAGCCUGUGUCCUCUGGAACAGCCGCUCCUAGGUCCUCAGGAAGGGUGGAACUUACAUGCUUGGAGAUGGCAGGACCUGCAUCUAUUAGAAAUGUAGAAACCGUGUCCUCCACAAAAGAGUACCCUCAGUUCCUAGGAAUGACAGACCCAGCCUCCUCAGGAGAGGGGGAUGUGGUGUCUGAGACAAUGACAAAAACUAUGUCUGCUGGAUAUACAGAUCCCAUGUCUUCAGGAAAGACAGAUCCUACAUCUCGGAAAAAUGUGGAUCCCCUGUCUUUAGACAAGCUGGAUCCAGUUCACUCCGGAAAGAUGGAUCCUAUGUCCUCAGGAAAGCCAAAGCCCUUGUCUCCUGGGUGGGCAGAAUAUGUGUCUAUGGGAAAGACAGAAACUGUAUCCUCAGGAAAAGAGGACCCCAUGUUUGUGGGAAAUACAAAAACAUUAUCUUCUGAAAAAGUGAAUCCUGACUCUUUAGAAAAAACAGAGCCCAUGUCCACGGGUCCAGGAAAUCCCAAGUCCUUGGGGGCAGCAGGUCUUCCCUCUGAAGUGAAAGCUGAAGCAGUGACUGGGGGAGAAGGAGAUCCAUUGUCCUCGGAGAAGGCAGGUCCUGUGGCCUCCGGAAAGAUGGAUCCCACAGCCUCUGGGAAGGCUGAUUCCCUAGCUUUAGGAAAGGUAGACUCUGUGAGCAGGGAAAAGGCAGACACUGUCCUCUCUGGAGGAGUGGACUCCUCCAUGUGUUUAGGUAAAAUGGUGUCCACAACUCCCGGAAAAGCAAUUCUGGUGUCCUUGGGAAAAGCAGAAGCUGUCCCAGAGGGAAAUUUGGAGUCUCUGCCUCUAGAGAAAGAGAAUCCUGUGAACUUCACAAAAGAUCCCAGGGCCUUGGGGAAAGCAGAGCCCAAGGGUGGGGCCAAAGCAGAAACAAAGCUCUCUGGGCAGGAGCGUGAGGUGGCAUCAGAAGCAGAGGCUGUGUCUUCACAAAAGGAGACACCUCAGACCUCAGAGAAGUUGGAUCCUGGAUCCUCAAAAAAAGCAGAAGGCAUUGCCUCUGGGAAGGGAGAGCCUGUGGCCCUGGAGAAGGCCAACUCCGCAUCUUCCAGGAAAGCAGAGUCCCCGAGUCUGGCCACAUCCAUCCCCUCCUCCCCGCAGUCAGGCGGCAAACCCGGCCUCUCAGCCCUGUCUCCUGAGGGUGCGGUGAGCAGCAAGGACCGUGUAGAGCCAGGGCAGGUGCCCCAUACGGAAGCCUCCACCCUCAGUCAGAAAGACCUGGCAGUCGCUGGGGCUGAGAGAAGCCCCCACGCAGAGGCCGCGGCACCUUUACGUGAGCCGCGGACUCGCGACAAUUUCACCAAGGCGCCGUCGUGGGAAGCGAGCGCCCUGCCGCCGCCGCGCGAGGACGCGGGCACUCAGGCGGGCGCUCAAGCCUGCGUCUCAGUGGCCGUUAGCCCCAUGUCUCCGCAGGACGGCGCGGGUGGCCCGGCUUUCAGUUUCCAGGUGGCGCCUGGUGCGCCCAGCCCGGCGCCUAGGCCGCCCUCGCGCCGGGACGCGGGCCUUCAGGUGUCGCUGGGCGCCGCCGAGACGCGCUCAGUGGCCACUGGGCCCAUGACGCCACAGGCCGCCUCGCCGCCUGCCGCACCGCCCGCCUUCCCCGAAGUGCGGGUGCGGCCGGGUUCAGCGCUGGCAGCUGCUGUGGCACCCCCAGAAGCGGCCGAGCCCGUACGUGACGUGAGCUGGGACGAGAAGGGCAUGACGUGGGAGGUGUACGGUGCCUCCAUGGAGGUGGAGGUGCUGGGCAUGGCCAUCCAGAAGCAUCUGGAGCGACAGAUCGAGGAGCACGGCCGCCAAGGGGCGCCCGCACCACCGUCAGCCGCCCGAGCGGCCCCGGGCCGUGCAGGCUCGGUGCGCACCGCGCCUCCUGAGGGCGCUGCCAAGCGUCCGCCUGGCCUCUUCCGCGCGCUGUUGCAGAGUGUGCGCCGGCCGCGGUGCUGCUCGAGGGCAGGACCCACAGCUGAGUGAACCUGCCGCCUUUUGUACGCCCGGGUUUCUAACCUUCUCAGGCUCCCUUCCUGAUCCUAGGCCCCUAGAAGGGGUUCCCUCUGCGUGCCACAGGCCUCUGAGGGGUGAGCAGCCUCUAGGCUAGGGCCUUCUCAUCCCCAUUUUUCGGGCCCCUCCCCUCCCAUACACACAACUAACCCCUCUACCAAGCUCUGG